UGCUGGCUGAUUGACGAUGGCAGGUUGUAACCAGAAUCACCAUGUCCUUCAUGCAACGUUCAUAGCCGCUGUUCUUGUGGCUCGAGUCACCUGUCAAUGUGGACAGGGAAGUUAUGGGCCUGUCCAACUCCUCCAAGACGUACUUGCCCGUGAUUCCACUUCCAUAUGGAUGAAAACAGAGUUCCUAUUGGCCAGCUGUGCUUCCAUGUGCAAAAGACACAAAAGAUGCGCUUCAUUUUUCCACAAUUCAGAAACCGGAUACUGUCAAGCUCAUUCGUGGACAUACAGAAGCAAGGACUACAUGAAUCCUCGGGCAGGGUUCAAGUACUACGUGCAGUACACCAAGGGCGCUGGUCUCCGUGACUGCAGUGAGAUUCAAGCCAACAUCUCCUCAGCGGCCGAUGACACCUACACCAUCACUCCACCUGAUGGGCAAAGUCCGUUCCUAGCUCACUGCGAUCUGACCCACAACGGUGGUGGAUGGACGGUGAUCCAAAGACGACUUGACGGAUCGCAAAAUUUCUACAGAACAUGGAAUGAGUACAUGGAUGGGUUUGGUGACCUUGACGGGGAAUACUGGUUGGGUAACGAGAACAUCUGGCGCAUCAUCCAAGGUAGACAAUUCGAGCUGCAGAUCGACCUUGAGGACUUUGAAGGGGAACACAGAUAUGCCCGUUACCAAAGUUUCAUCAUCGGCAACUUUGAAGAACACUAUGCCCUUCAUAUCUCGGGCUUCAGCGGCGACACAGGCAACUCAAUGGCUCGACACAAUGGCCAGGCAUUUUCAACCCGUGAUCGUGACCUUGAUCUGGACACUGAUGAUUCUUGUGCACAAAAAUAUCUAGGAGGAUGGUGGUACGAGAUCUGUCACUCGUCGAAUCUGAAUGGUGAAUACAACAACACACUCUUUGGCAAAGGGAUCAUCUGGGACAGCUGGCACGGUGCCCUCUACUCUUUGAAAACGUCAGUGAUGAAAGUACGACCUGUUUUGUAAGACCGACAAGUUCAUCAGCUAUGUUUUCAGAAUAUUUGGUGGUUAAAUUAUUUUUAAAACAAAGAACCAGGAAUGUAUGUUUCGGAAGAAACACGUGGCUUGCCUUAUUCUUUUGUCAUGAGUAGGCCAGUCCCGGUGAUGAGACUUACCCGUGUCAACAUCACACCCGUGCUUGAGUGAGUGAGUG